CGAAUGAAGACGAAAUGCGUCCACGACGGAACGCCACCGUGCCGCGGCUGCGUCCGUAGCGACGAGGCGGACUCCUGCGCACUGACACAUACAGCGUCUGCCAGGAGGUCCAGGCCGCUGGGUCCAGGUGAUGCAAUGACGGCCACUCAGGCUGCCCAUGAUGCAGGUCAUGUCAUUGCCCGUCUUGUCGACGGACUCGAGCCAGGUGUCUUUGCCCAAUGCUUUUCCGCACUGAGGCUACAGUUUCCCGAGUUUGGGUUUCUACAUCCACAAGACUUGAGAUGGAGCAAGGACAGCAUCUCGGAGGAGGCGCAGCUUCGCAUCCUGGCCAUCAUCACAGUUGGGAGUAGGUACCUCGGCCGGCAGGAUGACUACUCCUUAGUCGUUGCCGCCGAACUUCAGCACCGCAUACUAGCACUACCAAGUCUCCUCCUCAUUCAGACUUUCCUCAUCAUGGCACUUCACGCCUGGGGAGUGGGUUCUGGCUACCAAGCAUGGAUCUAUAGCGGGAUUGCGUCCAGGAUGUCCCAAGUGUACCAGCCCCUACCGAGUAGCGUCGGCAACCAGGAUACAACCCCAGCCGGAAGCUCGCACAUGUCGGAGGUAGAGGUCAGGACAAAGUGGGGAUGCUUCAUCUUGGAUAAGCUACUGAGUUCCGGCAAGCAGCGGCCGCCAAUGAUGGAUAUCAGGGAAAUGGAGCUACGACUUCCGGCGAGCGACGAAGCAUUCGCGUUUGACAAGCAGUGUAUACCAGUCACCUACACAGACAUGUGCAAUGACGCCACACUGCGCCAGUCUCAUGGGAAACUGGAACACGGGCUGGAAAUCGUGAUACGUGGCCUUGACAUCUGGUCCAGAGUCCACUCUUGGGUAGUCAAAGGAGGGAGGAAACAGCCCGGCAUGACAGACGCCCAGAACUGCCCUUGGCAAUCGACCUCUCACUGGGCAAAGCUCAAGGCUGAGCUGAAUCAAUGGAGGGACGAGCAGGAUGACCAACUCAAGUAUCCAGAGACUGAAGUCACCACCCACGUCUUUCUUGGGCGUAACGGCGAGCUCUUUGGGUAUAUCAACCUGAUCUACUAUCUGACGACGAUAUUUCUUUGUCGCGAGUUCAUUCCGUUCCUACCACGCCCGGGAGCAGAGCCCUGUGGGCCCAUUGAUCCCCCUUUCUUCCCAGAAAGCGCCCCGGAGGGUUGGUGGAUCCGCAACGCUCAUGAGCUCUUCGACUCUGCAGCCCGCAUCACCCUCCUUGUCCAGGACAUGCACAAGGCCUCGGUUCCGCUUCACACGCCGUUCUCUGGUCUUUGUACAUUCACCUCGGCCCUGAUGAAUCUGUACGCGGCCAGUUUUCCGUCCCUCAACCGCCCUAGCGAGGAGGCCAUGCGGAGACAGCUGGUGUCGGAGAAUCUCCUCCACCUCAAUGAGAUCUGCAGGCAAUGGUCAAUAGGCCAUGAAUGGAUCCAUGUCAUAGAUAUUGCUCAUAACCUCUUUGGGCGAUUUUAUGCUGACCGGGAUUCGUUCGCGCACAAAUCGCGAGAUGAUUAUGUCCAGCUCGAGAGUUCAAUCAACCUAGCCCCAUUGAUUGGACUGUCACCAAGCAGUACCCGAGAAGAAGUGCGUUCGACGGGUCGCGCCAGUGGCGAAGCCUCGCGAAAAUCAGACGAGCGGGGAGGAAGUAGUGGGCUCCCAUCCCUACACACGGCGCAGCCCAGUGAGCUGAGGUGGCCAACUGCUGAGACAGAGGUGCCUGGGUUGGAUAACUCCAUCCUUGAAGCAGCGAGUGCAGCAGCACUGGAAGAAGACCAGUCAUAUCUUUGGAUGGUCUGGGAUGAUCCCCACCUCAUAAGAUGGGACAAUUCAGCUGGGUUCAGGUAAUGACAACCAACGGAUUAGAAAGCAUUGGUCUUAGGUUGCGAACAUUACACCGGUGUUGGAUUUCACAAAUACUUCGGUGGCUGGAUAGUUGAGCAAUGCGCUGGUCUUUGACUUAUGGGGAGUUUAUUUUCUGUGACCGCGCCAUGUUUCUUUCCACUAGACCUCGGGGAAAUUCUCAAAGCC